UUUCAGAUAAACAGAAUGGCUAUGGUAAUUCCCAAAUCCGGAUAUGCUCGUUUCCUAAAAGAAGGUGCACAGCAUUUCAAAGGUACCGAAGAAGCUGUACAACGUAAUAUUGAGGCAUGCGUCGAACUUUCUUCUCAAAUCCAGUCAGCAUUUGGACCAAGUGGUAUGAAUAAAAUGGUGAUCAAUCAUAUCGAGAAGUUGUUUGUAACAAACGAUGCUGGAACUAUCCUGAAAGAACUUGAAGUACAACAUCCAGCAGCCAAAAUGCUUGUUAUGGCCACUCAAAUGCAAGAAAAACAGAUCGGUGAUGGCACGAAUACAGUAGUUAUUUUCGGUGCUGCAUUACUGGAACAUGCAUCUCAAUUGUUGAACAUGGGUUUGAAUCCUUCUGAGAUUGCUGAUGGAUAUGAGAGUGCAGCGGACAAAACACUGGAAAUAUUGCCGUCACUAGUCGUCAAGAAAGCUGAUGAUCUGCGGGAUGUUGAAGUAGUGCAGAAGUAUCUGAAAUCAGCAAUUAUGUCGAAGCAGUACGAUAAUGUUGAUUUUAUUUCACAUCUGGUUGCCAAAGCUUGUGUUCAAAUUGUACCAACGAACACAUAUAACUUCAACGUGGAUAAUAUUCGCGUAUGCAAAAUCCUUGGUUCAUCUGUUCACUCUUCAAAAACCAUGAAUGGAAUGGUUUUCCUGCGUGGAGCUGAGGGUGAAAUCAAAAAAAUGGAUAAAGCUAGAAUCGUUGUUUACACUUGUCCAUUUGAUCUGACACAAACAGAAACGAAGGGCACAGUUUUGCUGGAGAGUGCUGAUGAAUUGCUGAAAUUCAGUGCUGGAGAAGAAACCGAAGUAGAAACUGUUGUAAAAGCUCUGGCUGAGAAUGGCGUUAAUGUUGUAGUAGCAGCCGGAAAAUUUGGUGAUCUCUAUGUUCACUUCUUAAACAAAUACAAAAUUAUGGGUGUUAGGCUGACCUCGAAGUUCGACCUCAGAAGAUUAUGUCGGACUACCGGAGCUCAAGCGCAGGCACGAGUAUGUGUUCCACCACGAACUUCUUAUGGUGAAUGUGAUCGAGUAUAUACAGACGAAAUAGGCGAGACGGAAGUGACGAUAUUCGAUAAGUUGAGUGAGCGAGGACAUGUUGCAACAAUCGUUAUCAGAGGUUCGAGUCAGUCCCGAAUGGAUGACAUUGAGAGAGCGAUUGACGAUGCAAUCAAUACUUACAAAGCACUCACAAGGGAUUGCCAGUUGCUUCCUGGUGCUGGAGCUGUUGAGAUUGAACUGGCUCGGCAGAUAGAAUCGUUUGGUGAGAAGUGUGCUGGUCUUGAACAGUAUUCGAUCAAAAAAUUUGCGCAUGCUUUGGAAACUUUGCCAAAACAAAUUGCCGAGAACGCUGGAUUAGAUCCAACCGAAAUACUUUCUAAAAUUUAUGCUGCUCAUCAAGAAGGUCAAAGGAAUGCAGGGAUCGAUCUACUCUCUGGGGAUAUAAUGGAUGCUGUAGAGGCAGAUAUCUACGAUCUUUAUAGUGGUAAAAAAUCUGCCAUUAAAUUAGCUGCAGACGCUGCAAUUACCAUUCUGAAAAUAGACCAGAUUAUUAUGUCUAAACAAUCGAGUGGGGGACCAGCACCGCGACCACCGAAGCCAGCUGCUGAUGACGCAGACGAUGAUUGAUCUGGAUUGGUUUAAUUCGUUUAUGAAUAUCGUCUAAUUAUUCAAACAUGUUAAAGAAUUGAAAGCUGAAAUAUUGUUAUUCCGUGUUUACCC